GAGCACGUGUCCAUGUUGGUGAUCCUGCUCAACUGUGUGACUCUGGGGAUGUAUCGGCCCUGUGAGGACGUUACCUGCCAGUCAGAGUGGUGUCGCAUCUUACAGGUGUUGGAUGACUGCAUCUUCGCUUUCUUUGCGGUGGAAAUGGUUAUCAAGAUGGUGGCCCUGGGAAUUUUUGGCUCCAAGUGUUACUUUGAUGACAAGUGGAAUCAGCUUGACUUUGUCAUUGUCAUGGCAGGGAUGUUGGAGUAUUCCCUGGAUGGCCACAAUGCCAGUCUGUCAGCUAUCCGUACCGUCCGAGUACUCAGGCCACUGCGGGCUAUCAACAGAGUACCAAGUAUGAGGAUCUUGGUGACACUGCUGUUAGACACUCUGCCGAUGCUGGGAAAUGUUCUGCUCCUCUGCUUCUUUGUCUUCUUCAUCUUCGGCAUUGUGGGAGUCCAGUUGUGGGAGGGACUGCUGCGCAAUCGCUGCUUCCUGGGAGAGGACAUCGAAACAAUGUACAACAUGUCUUUAAAUCCUUAUUACAUGUCUGAGGAAGGUGAAGACAGCCCGUUUAUCUGCUCGGCUCCACGCGAAAACGGGAUGCGGCGUUGCAAAGAUGUGCCACCCUACUCUCAAGACGGGCUCGAAUGCACAUUGCCGGCUUCUGACCUGAGUUUUAGGAGUGUUGCCAGCGGUAACUUUUGUGUUAACUGGUAUCAGUACUACAACGACUGCCGCCCAGGGGAGCUCAACCCUCACAGGGGAGCUGUCAACUUUGACAAUAUCGGCUAUGCUUGGAUAGCCAUAUUCCAGGUCAUCACACUGGAAGGCUGGGUAGACAUCAUGUACUAUGUCAUGGAUGCUCACUCCUUCUAUAAUUUUAUAUAUUUUAUACUGCUCAUUAUUGUGGGCUCUUUCUUCAUGAUCAACUUGUGCCUCGUGGUCAUUGCCACCCAAUUCUCCGAGACAAAGCAAAGGGAGAAUGCACUGAUGCGGGAGCAGCGUGCUCGUUACAUGUCAAACGACUCCACACUUGCCAGUUACAGCGAGCCGGGCUCGUGCUAUGAAGAGAUGCUACGCUACAUUAGCCAUCUUUACCGCAAGUUUACACGCAGGCUCCAGAGGAUAUACUCUGGCUGGCACAGUAAACGUCGUAAAAAGGUGAAUCCUAAUGGCAGCAGUGGAGGCAGUAAUGGUGGAGGUAAUGGGCAUGGCCACGGUUCCAGCAGGGGCUGCGGAGGGUCAGGCCCAGGUAACGCAUUGUGGUUGAGGCCAAUCCAUAACCUUUUACAACACCAUCAGCAUCAGCACUGUCGUCUCAGCAAUGGCGGGCAGCACACCGUCAGCGUGGCAACCACAGAGCACGUGGACAGAGAAGGACACAUCAAAGUCGGGGAGGAACUGGAGAUGAAGUCGCUUACCGUUCGGAGGGGAAGUGCAAAUGGAAACAACGAUAACUCGACCACUGUCACCCAGCGCGUGGGCUCAUUACUCGGGCGACUGAACGGGGGGAUGAACUAUCCCACCAUUCUGCCGUCUUUUGUGUGCAGCUAUAGCAGCAAGACGCCACCCCCUCACUCAAAGCAGUGCGGUUCUUGUCUGGAGCAUCCGCCGAACCACCCGGCUUCUGAGCACGCCGAGACACUGACCAAGCUUUACCAGCUCAUGGGACAGCACAGUCGCCAGCGGCUGCUCUACCAGCUGGCGGGUAUGGUGCCCAGCCCUCUUCUCUUGGAGCUACUUAGCUGCCCUUUGUGUGCCAGCAGCCUGGAGACCUUGGAGCUGGAACUGGGAGACCUAGAGGGAGGCAAGGGAGAGGCAGAUGGACUACACGACUUCCCUCAGGGGGCCGAUGUGAGAGGAGUGAGGGGUCGGAGCAGACGCCGUGGGGUUGUUGAAUACGAAAAUGGAGUGGUUCGUGCCUGGAGGGACCUCAGGGAAAAACUAAAGAGGAUUGUGGAAAGUAAAUACUUCAACCGCGGGAUCAUGAUCGCUAUUCUUGUGAAUACUCUCAGCAUGGGAAUAGAGUACCACGAGCAGCCCGAGGAACUGACUGAUGUGUUAGAGAUCAGCAACAUCGUUUUCACCAGCAUGUUUGUCCUGGAGAUGGGUUUCAUGCUGCUGGCUUUCGGCUUGUUUGGAUACAUCAGGAACCCAUACAACAUCUUUGACAGCAUCAUUGUUAUCAUCAGUGUGUGGGAGAUAAUUGGCCAAGCAGACGGUGGGCUGUCAGUCCUGCGAACGUUUCGUCUGCUACGAGUUCUGAAGCUGGUUCGCUUCCUGCCCGCUCUGAGGAGACAACUCGUAGUGCUGAUGAAGACAAUGGACAAUGUGGCCACCUUCUGCAUGCUUCUCAUGCUUUUCAUCUUCACUUUUAGUAUACUGGGCAUGCAUCUUUUUGGGUGUAAAUUUAGUUUUCGCACAGAGAAUGGAGACACCAUCCCUGACCGAAAGAACUUUGACAGUCUGCUCUGGGCCAUUGUCACUGUGUUCCAGAUUCUUACCCAGGAGGACUGGAAUGUGGUGUUGUAUAACGGCAUGGCUUCUACCUCUCCAUGGGCGGCUCUCUACUUCGUUGCUCUUAUGACAUUUGGCAACUAUGUGCUCUUCAAUUUACUAGUGGCCAUCUUGGUUGAAGGCUUCCAGGCUGAGGGUGACGCUAAUCGGUCAGAGUCAGAUGAUGACAAGAAAUCAGACAACUUUGAUGAGGACGAGAAGAUAGAACAGUUCAGAGACACAGAGCUAAAGCUCUCACUGAUGAUGACAGGUAAUGGUCACAUUGACCCUCGUGGCUCUAUGGCUCCUCCCAUAAUCAUGCGCACAGCAGCCACACCCAUGCCUACACCUAAGAGCUCUCUUGGACCUGAGUCCAUCCUCGGGGAUGAGCUCAUGUACAUAGACGGAGCACCUCAAUAUAGUGAGGUAGGACUGGGUUUUCCUGAGGCAGGGGUCGGUCACCCAGAGUCCCGACGGGGAAGCUCAACAUCAGUGGAGCCAUACGAUCCGCCUUCUCUGAGCCUCUCUAGUCCCGGGCGGCGUUCUCCUCUUCCUCCCCGUGGCGCUGGAAGCUCAUGGGGAAGUCGACGCUCCAGCUGGAACAGCCUGGGAAGGGCACCGAGCCUCAAAAGGCGAGACACCAGCGGAGAGCGGGAGAGCUUGUUGUCUGGGGAAGGUGGAGAGGAUGAGGAUGCCAGGGAUGGCAAAGUGGAGGCAGGGGGAAACAACAGACUAAAGCCGGGGUCCUUGGAACUGCUGCAGGCGUCUACUCUCUGCCCUUCUGUGGUAGCAGACUAUGGUGACUGCAAUGGGAGGACCGUGACCUACAACCCGAACGUGAACUCCGACCCCAAAGAAGACUCCUCCCCAGAGGACGAUUUGGACGAUGAUGCUUCUUUUUGCUACUGGACCAGGAAGGAGUUCCAUAACAUGAAGCCCCGAUGGUGCAAAGAGCAUGAAGACUGGACGCUGUACCUGUUUUCUCCAGAGAAUCCGUUCCGUAUGUGGUGCCAGAAAGUGAUCUCUCACAGACUGUUUGACCACAUAGUUCUAGUUUUCAUCUUUCUCAACUGCAUCACCAUUGCUCUGGAAAGACCUGAUAUAAAAAAUGACAGCACGGAGCGACAUUUCCUGAGUGUGUCCAACUAUAUUUUCACUGUGAUCUUCCUAGCAGAGAUGGCCAUUAAGGUUGUAGCUCUUGGUUUCUGCUUUGGGCAGCAGAGCUACCUCCAGUCCAGUUGGAACAUUCUGGAUGGUGUAUUGGUGUUUGUGUCUCUGAUCGACAUUUUGGUUUAUCUGGCCUAUCAUGGUGAAAACAAGAUCCUGGGAAUUCUGAGAGUACUUCGCCUGCUACGAACACUUCGCCCACUGAGGGUGAUCAGUCGAGCCCCAGGAUUAAAGCUUGUUGUGGAGACUCUCAUCACCUCUCUUAGACCUAUUGGGAACAUUGUUUUGAUAUGCUGCGCCUUCUUCAUUAUCUUUGGAAUCUUGGGGGUCCAGCUGUUCAAAGGGAAGUUCUACCACUGUGAAGGUCUGGACACAAGAAACAUCACCAACAAAUCAGACUGUCUGCAGGCUAACUACCGCUGGAUACGAAAAAAGUACAACUUUGACAACCUGAUUCAGGCUCUGAUGUCUUUGUUUGUGCUGUCGUGUAAGGAUGGCUGGGUUACCAUCAUGUAUGAUGGGCUGGAUGCAGUAGGAGUGGACCAACAGCCUAAAAGAAACAACAAUCCUUGGAUGCUCCUCUACUUUAUCUCCUUCCUGCUCAUCGUCAGCUUCUUCGUCCUUAAUAUGUUUGUUGGGGUUGUGGUGGAGAAUUUCCACAAGUGCCGACAGGACCAGGAAGAGGAGGAGGCGCGCUUACGGGAAGAGAAGAGGCUCAAAAUGAAAGAGAAAAAGCGCAGGAGUAAGGAGAAUGAAGGGGCUGAGGCCAAGCUCGGGCGCUACUAUGACGACUACUCUCCCCUGCGUCUGUCCAUCCACUCGCUGUGUACCAGCCACCACCUGGACCUCUUCAUCACUUUUAUCAUCUGCGUCAAUGUCUUCACCAUGAGCAUAGAGCACUAUAAACAACCAGUGUAUUUAGGAGAGGUUCUGAAGUACUGUAACUACGUGUUUACCUGCAUCUUCGUCGUUGAGGCCCUCCUCAAACUUGUGGCAUUUGGCAUACACAGGUUCAUCAGAGACAGGUGGAAUCAGCUGGAUUUAGCUAUAGUGGCAUUGUCCAUCAUGGGCAUCGUCCUGGAGGAGCUGAAAAUGAAAGGCACAUUACCAAUAAAUCCAACCAUCAUCAGGAUCAUGAGAGUGCUCAGGAUAGCACGAGUGCUGAAGCUUCUAAAGAUGGCCACAGGGAUGAGAGCUCUGUUGGAUACUGUCAUGCAAGCACUGCCGCAGGUGGGAAAUCUUGGUCUUCUCUUCAUGCUGCUCUUCUUCAUCUAUGCUGCUCUGGGAGUGGAGCUCUUUGGCAAACUGGAGUGCAGCGUCGACAACCCAUGUGAAGGUCUGGGUCGUCACGCAACCUUUAGAAAUUUUGGGAUGGCCUUCCUCACACUGUUUCGAGUGUCCACUGGAGACAACUGGAAUGGGAUUAUGAAAGACACAUUGAGAGAGUGUCGCCGGUCUGACGAACACUGUUUACCAUAUCUGCCCUGGGUUUCUCCAAUUUACUUUGUCACCUUUGUGCUCAUGGCCCAGUUUGUUCUGGUCAAUGUGGUGGUGGCUGUUCUGAUGAAACAUCUAGAGGAAAGCAACAAGGAUGCUAAAGAGGAUGCGGAGAUUGAUGCAGAGAUCGCCUUGGAAAUGGAUAGGGAGAGGGAUCGCAGACUAAGCACAAAUUCCAACAACAGCUCAGUCGGAGGGACCUAUGUGGGGCCAUGCUCAAAUUCACCUGAAGAGGAGGAAGAGGUGCAGUACAACAACCAGAACCUGCUGUCAUCCAAGAUCUCUGUAUCCAGGAUGCAUUCUCUGCCAAAUGACAGUUAUAUGUUUAGACCGGUGCGACCCGCCAGCGCCCCCUACCCUUUAGAAGAGGUAGACCUGAGUCCCCAACACCAGCAUUCAGUCUCAGUGAUGUCGGUCCACUCCCAGCCCUGUGAGAGCCACUCUCUGCUCCAGGUUCCGGACAUUUCCCCCGUUCACCCUCGGUCACCUCCAUCCCUGUCUCUUCCUCGCAUCGCCCCGCCAACACCCAGCCCCUCACCACGGGCCCUGCAUAGGCAGGUGGCGGUUAAAGUUGAUUCUGUGGAGUCUCAGGGUUUUGAGCAACAGGAGAGGACCAGCUCAGUCCAUCUGCCCCCCCUGUCCCCUUCACAGCUACCUCCUCAUCCAUCCUCCUUGUCAUCACCCCUGCCUGCUUCUCCCUCCUCCCCCUCCGCCUUCCCUCGCUAUCGUCCUUCUCCUCUUCCUCCUCUGCUGUCUUCCCCUUCUUCUCUUCCUCCGCCACCGUCCUCCCCUUCGCUGCUUCUCCCUCCACCUCCCUCGCCCCGCGCCCCCUUGAGGCCUGCCAGCCUCCGGAGACCAAGGCCGCCCUCCGCCAUCUCCCUCUGUGACCCGGCCGAUGAGGAGGUGUAUCACAUCACCAGCUCUGCUGGCCACAGGUGGUGGGACGGGGAGGGAGGUGGGACGGAGAGCAGGGUUAAAGUGGGCCGCAGCCACUCCCUCUCCCCGUACACCUUGCCGUCUGCCCUCGACUCCUACUCCUCCACCUUUUCUCCUCCUCCUCCUCCGCUGCCACCAUCCUCGUCGAGGAGCGCACUGAGCCUGCUUGGAGCCGGACUGAAGGACCGGGACUUCAGGAAAGGCUUCAGCAUCGACAACCAGGGCUUCCUGGACAAGCCGCCAUCACUGAAUGCCGGAUACGCCGACGACCAGCGGCGUCACUCCAUCGAGGUUUGCCUCCCAAGGGCUGGAACAACCAGCUCUAACGAACACUUCACAGAGGAGGCCUACUGGCUGGAGAAAGGCGGUCCUGUGAGGGUGCAGUCUGUCAGGAGCAACCACAGAAAGAAGAAGAUGAGUCCUCCAUGUAUAUCCAUUCACCCACCCUCAGAGAGGGAGCACGCUGAAACCGCCUCGCCCCCCAAAUUAUCUGAUUGCAGCACGAUGCUGAGACGCAGGACACCCUCCUACGACUUGACGCCACACAUGCAGUCAAAUACAAACGCCCAAGACGCGUCAUCAGAUGCAAACACGCAAUCUCCAAUGCACAGAUCGCUAACGCCUGUCCAUGUUCCUCUGCGAGCAAACUCGCCCACUUGGGCACUGGCUCACUCGCGACCGUCUACCCCAACACGCACUCAGACACACACCCCUCCCCACGCCUACACGCCUACACACCCACACAUCCCCAUCAGCCCGAACGUCUUUAUCCAGCCUCACACCCCUCUUGUCCCAAUGCCUUUCUCACAGACACGCCCUGUCUCCCCUGCUGCGGGGCACAUCCCCCUCCCUCAGUUCACCUUCGACCAACCGCAGUCCAGAUACAUGAGCGGCCUAUCAGCUGGCAUAUCAGACACCGACACGGCCACCUGCUCUUCCCCUUUCGACGGCAGACUGGGAAGCGGCGCAGGAUUCAGUGCAAAGAAUCGGAGGACCGCCCAAUAAACACCAGUUGUUUGAUUCUGGAGGUGAAUCUGGUUUUAAAUCUCUGAGGCUGGAGCAGCGGCGCCUCGGCUAACCUCAGCAGAGAUGGGAAUAAGAGGUGUUUCUUUUCAGUUGUUUUUUUGUUAAGAUGAAUAAUGAACAGACAUUGAUUACUCUUUCCAGAGAGAAGCUGGUACAGACUUGAAUAAGAGACAAUGGAUCCAUUUGUUUUAAACCCAGCUGGAAGGACAGCAGAUCCACAGCUGGAGGCUGUAUCAGGCAAACAGUGCUCACUGUACGCGGUGUGUCGGGGACUAAUGCAGAUAACACACCAGGACUAAAGCCACCUAACUCCGUAGCCAAAGUUUUUUUUCACACACUGUCCUCACCUGCGCGAGCCAAUCAGGAAGCAGCGUCUGGCUGACAACCUCUGACCUUUUAACGGGAAGAGGUUUGUGAAAUGCGAGCGUAAGGGGGGGAAUUGUGGGAUAUGCAACUUCAGGUUUUCUACAGAAGUUCUGCUUGCCCCUCCUCUGCUCCUCGGAUCACAUUGAUCAGAGCAGAACUCUGUAUGUGUGCGUGUGUGCGUGUGCGAGCGUCUGAGUUCUCUUACGUGCGAUUACUGUCAAAUCUGUUGUUGUGGAAGUCGGCCAUGUAGUUCUUACGCCUGUAAACGACAGAGAGGAGGAGCAGGGCAGAGCUGUAGUGCGUGUGUUUCUCUGUGUAUCUGUGCAGUGUAAAUAAAGGAAAAUACUGUAUUUGGUGAGGUAAAAAUAGCUCUAUCCAUAUGCACAUAUUUUUAUAGAGAUCUAAAAAUGUUUUUUGCACACAAAAUUUGAAUUUCAACUUUGCUCGUUUCGUUUGUUCUCCUCCGUUGUCCUCUUGUGAAUGUAUGUCUCUUUUCAAAGAGCGAGGGAAGCCGUGAAGGAGAGCGCCCCUCUCCUCUCAGCCUGCCAGCUGAGGUCCGAGGAGAGCGGGUUUUAUUUUUCUAUUUUGAAAAAGAGAUCGAAGAGAACAAGGGGGGGGAGGGUGUGUGUUUGUGUGUGUGUGAUGUGUUUCUGUAGUUUUGUCUCAGAUUUCUAUGUAACCGGUGUCUAAAUAGGUAUCAGUCUUAAGAGUAUGGGCUCAGUGAUGCGAAGCAUUUAUAGAAAGAGCAAUGUGAGUAUAUAUUUGACUAAGAUGUGCUAAUUAGUUCACGCGCCCUAGCUCCACAUUCAAAUUUGGCCGUUAUUAAAUGGGCCACAUCCCUGCGGGGAGUUUAAAAUCCAGAAAUUUCAGGGCAGGGAAAAAAAUAGAUUUUUUAUUUGCUUUGAUUCAUUGAAAUGAAAUGAAUCAUGGCUUCACUGAGCCUCUCCUCUAGUGCUGUUUUCAAGCUGGAUCAGCUUCGACACCUGUGUUUCUGUACAUCUAAAGACAACCAAACUAACUAACUUACUAAAUAUGUGUAGCCAGAGUGCAAUAAUAAUAUAUACUUGUGGAAAAUAUAGUUAUCAUCCACAUUACAUAAAAACAGCCACACUCUUGUAUUCAUACUGUAGAACUGCUAAUACAUGCUAUAAACCCAUUUUUUUAUAUGACGAUUGAGAAUAGCUCUCUCACUCUGUCUGGUGUUCGUGCUUCUAUAAGUACUCGUACCCUGAGUGUGGCUGUGCUGGUGUGGGUGUGGCUGGAAGCGACGUUAGGUACUGUAGAUUUCUCCAAAAGCUCAGGCCCACCCACUGAUGGGGUUACUGUAAACAGAAGAGGGAUCCGCACCUCUGCCGAGGACUCGACAAGCCAUUUAUCAUUCUGCUUUUUGUUUCUGUCCUCACUGACCGGCACCUCGCAACUUCAGACACAUCGGUUUACUGACGCACCGGUUUGCCACAUGUCACGUGGGCCAUGCGUCCAGGAGCUUCAUCGAGGAGCUGAACGUUUUCUUCCUUCUGUCCUGGCAGAGCACAAUACGUAAUUGAUUCUGUUAUGUGCACGGUGUGGUUUGGCACACAUAUACACACACUCACACUUGAAGCAUCCCUGUAAGCUUCAUUGGUACAGAUACCCUUUUCCAAGGCAGCUGGCUUGGAGGGUGUCUUUAUUUUAUUUUUAUUUCUUGAGGGGGGGAGGGUCAGCGCACAACAUGCACAAAUCCUCAGUAAUCUGAGUGAAAACCAAAGUGCUCCCAUAUCGUAUCUGUAAACACGUAAGGCUCCGUUCUUCGUGUUUGUGCAGAUGAAAAGGAAAGAAAAUCAACCAAACAAGUAUUUAUGAUAGAUUUGUGAAACAGCUGAUCAGACAAUUGCUGCAAAUUUGCCCCCAGUCUGUCUCAAAGGGUACUAAAUAAUUAGAAAAGAGGUGAUUUUUUUUUCUUUUUUACAUUCAUCAGAUGCAUAAAUUACUUUGAAAGUCUGCAAAAACUUUUGUAAACACAGAGCCAGGAAUGAAAUCAAUUAAUAAAUCUCCUUCUACAUUCUCUUUGGCUUUCCCCUUUACCGAGCAGCACGUGUGUAGACAGACAGGUUUGGUGUUAAACACCUUUAGACACCGUUAAACACAGGGUCUCCUUAAAGCUACAGUUGGCAACUGUGUAAUCAGGUGGAAGGGACACACACACACACACACACCAACAAUCCCCGAGUAAAUGUUCCCAUCUUGCAAAGGCAGAAUGUAAAGCUCCUAUAGGUCUUUUGGUGCCAGUCCUCGUUGAGCUCUGACACACAGGAGCACAAAGCUCACUAAAUGACGUCGCAGACGGCCACAGUUAGUUAUUCACCUGCUUCAAAUCCUUUUUAAAAAAAAAAUCAUUUUUGAGUGCUUGAACACGCUGCUUCGUCUCGUUUCCUGUCCUCUUCCUGCACAACACCGUCAGCAACGGGAGGUUUUAGGUUCUCCGUAGAAAACCCUCUUCUCUAAACGGUAUCGCCGUAUUAAUCGACACGGUUCGGUAGAGUGACUGUAUAAUUGUUCUUACGAUUUUGCAGAUCUUUGGAUCUGAGUAUUUAAAUCCUGUUUUUGAGGAAACAGUUUUGACUAUUGCAUGUUUUGGUUUAAAAAGAAGACGCAGAAGAAGAAGAAGAAAAUAACUUUUGGGAAAGAAUCAUCUGGAUGUUUUCGAGAUUUUGAUAUUUGCAUUUUCAGAUGUUUCCAUUUGUAGAUCGACUACCUAAUUGCACUGGGCUCUUAAUAAUUGGUAUCUGAUAAAAUACUGAUUAGACGACCCUAUUCUUUAUUGUCCAAUGCAGUACUGGGUGGUUAUUUACAGUGUGAGAACAGAGCUCCUCUUUAUACAGUUUUAUAUAGAGAAAUGGAAACCUGGUUGGUUCUGUUUUCUUAAGAACCAACAUUAUUUAAUGUUGACAUGAACUUUUUUUUUCCACUUCUCCUCCAGGUAAUCUAAACAUAGUAGAACACUGGUGAUGGUGAAAAUAUUUAUCUGAUGUAUAUUUUAUGUAGGAGUAGCCUCGGCCCUGAUGCUCUGUAAAGGACUGAUCAGCGUAGUGGUUCAUUUUCUUGACUAAUAUCGAGCUGGUCCGGUGAAGGCGAUCGCGCUCCUCACACGGCUGAACCUAGAGAGCAGCAGAAGGUUCAAACUGUGAUAGAACUUGACUUUGAUGAAUCAGAAGCCUUGUUUUCUCUUUCCUUCCUUCCCUUACAACCCUUCACCGACUGACCCAAGCACCCCCACCCCAAACCCCCCCUCAAGCCUUACAAGAAGGGGAGGAGGUGCAUGUGUACUGUCUGUCAGAGGAGAGUCAAUGUGUCUGCAAUAAUAAGCCCCGCCCCCUUGCCAUUACUCCUCAAACGGGGAAAACGGGAGGGGACGGGAUGGUGUUUAAAGGCUCGACACGCAGUUGGACUCUGUUGUAUCGUUGAUAAUUAAUGUGCGAUGACCAACCAUUGUCCUGAAGGAUGUUUUCCUGUCAAUUAAAAAACUGCAUUUUUAAAAAGUUCCUGA